UUUUGUACCAUUUCUUUCGCAGAAACUCACCCCUCGGUUUCAAUCUGGAAAAUUUCUCCCCAGGGUAAAAUAGAGCAAUGGGUUGCGUCGCCUAAUCUCGCCGGCCAGUCAGGGAUCCUUGGGUAAAACGAAUCAACGGGUGCGGAAGUACCGGCGGAAAUAACUCGAAAGCGCAAGGAAAUGGAUCAACAGCAGCAACAGCAAUUGCUCUUGCAGCAACAGCAACAGCAACAACAACAAUUUCUGUUGUUGCAGCAAUUGCAGAAGCAAGCUCAACAUCAGCAUCAACAGCAGCAACAGCAACAGCAACAUCAACAGCAACAAGCGUCUGCGAUCUCCCGAUUUCCGUCCAACAUCGACGUCCAUCUCCGCCCCUCGGGCCUCCAUCGCCAGCUCAAUCUGCAGCACCCCAAUCCAAACCCUAACCCUAAUUCCAAUUUGCAACAACAGCAGCAGCAGCAGCAGCAAUCGCAGGGCUCUAAUUUGGGCCAAAAUAUGCAGCAAUCCUCUCAUCAACAGCAGCAAUCGCCUGGGCAACAGCAGCAACAGAAAGCGAUCCGGCCGCCUGUCAACCAGGUGGAGCUGCAAAUGGCGUAUCAGGACGCAUGGCGGGUCUGCCACCCGGACUUCAAGCGCCCAUUUGCCUCCCUUGAAGAUGCCUGCGAGAGGUUGCUACCGUACCAUGUUGUAGCGGACUAUGAAGCAGAGGAGGAUGACAGAAUCCUUGAUUCCGACUCUACCGGCUCAAUGCCAUCUCGAUCUCAGCAGUGGGACUACAACAUUGCUGCAAAAGUUGCAGAAUUCACCGGCACAUUCGAGAAGCAGGCACUAGCUUUCAACAUAAUCACCCGGAAGCGAGCCAUGGGUGAGUUCCGUUCAGAAGAGAGGCUGAUGAUCGAACAGGCUCUCCUCCAAGAAGAAAAAAGAAUGCUGCUGGAGACCAAAGCGGAACUGGAAGCUAGGGAGAAGGCCCACCGGGAAGCCCAGCUGCGGAUGGCUGCAGCAGCUAUGGCCCAGGCAGAGCAGGCGCGUGCUGAGUCGCAUGCUCAUGCAGAAAUGAUGGCUCGAGGCCCUAUAAGGGCGAAUGCGCUUGCAGGCUCGCAGGGCUCGAUCGGUCACGACAUGGGAGAGCAGGAACACAAUGUGAACCCUGACGAGAUGAUGAAUGGGUGGGGAAACAACAUGCAGCGAGAUGACAAGGAGCCGUCGGAGGAUUUCUUGAAUGACGAUGAAGAGAAUGACAAUGGGGAUACAGCGGCCCAAGGAGGCGAGUGGCGUGAAGCUCGGGAAUUCGAUCUCAAUUCAAGAUGAACGGGAAGGUCUCCCGCAUAUGUUUGCAGCUUCGAUAGAUUUUUCAUGUAAUCUAAUGUCUGGAAGCUUUCUCAGUCUGUAGAACCUAUUUUUAUCAUCUAGAGCACUGGUUGUCGGAACUUGGUUGAAUCAAAGUUUACUAAGGGACAGGGAUUUGUACUCUGCUUUUGGUGCUUUCUUGUUGAGAAUUCACAGCUUCUAUAAAGUAGGUAAUAUAAGGUAGAAGGGGACGUUUACUGUUAGAACUAAUCGAUAUUUGCUUCUAUGUUCUAAGUCUUAACAAUUCUGCU